AUUUCCUUCGUCUCCAGACUGAUAGCGAAAGUACAAACAAAGAGAGACGAGCACUUUUCACGCAGCUGAAAAGAAAAGAAACAGAAAGAACCAAUGCCCACCUACGCAUAUGCCACGAUCAAUCGAACACGCAUGAUUUCUUCAACUCCCCAAGAAACCCCAAUAAGAAAACCACCCCACAUCUUGGAUUCUGUUUCCCAAAACACCUAACAACAGAAAUGGCCUCUAGAAUUUUUUUUCUUUUUUUUUUUUUAAUUAUGCUUCCAAAACAACAUUUUUAUUUAUUUAGCUCAAUCGAUUGAUCCGCAAAAGCAAAGCCCAUAAAAUUUUUAUUUUUAUUUUAAUAUUUCUUUUGAAAUUGUUUUGGGACGAGAUGGAGCUCAGAAGACCAGGUUUUAGUCUCUUUCUAGGGUUUUUGUAUGUGUAUUUGAUGGUUCCUAAUUCUCUAGCGAGAUUUGUGGUGGAGAACAACAGCUUGAGGGUGACAUCGCCGGAAAAAAUAAAGGGGACGCAUGAUAGUGCAAUAGGGAAUUUUGGGAUACCACAAUACGGGGGUAGUAUGGCAGGGACUGUGGCUUACCCUAAAGAUAACAGUAAGGGCUGUAAGGAGUUUGAUGAUUUUGGGAUUUCUUUCAAGUCUAAGCCUGGAGCUUUACCGACUUUUGUUUUGCUCGAUCGUGGAGACUGCUUCUUUGCUUUGAAAGUUUGGAAUGCCCAAAAGGCAGGGGCUUCUGCAGUACUUGUUGCAGAUGACAUUGAGGAGCCAUUGAUAACGAUGGAUUCACCUGAAGAGGAUGGUUCAUCUGCAAAAUAUAUUGAGAACAUAACAAUACCAUCUGCACUUAUUGAGAAAAGCUUUGGUGAAACAUUAAAGAAAGCAAUAGCCAGUGGGGAGAUGGUAGAUGUGAAUCUUGAUUGGAGAGAAGCUGUUCCACAUCCUGAUGAUCGUGUAGAGUACGAGUUGUGGACCAACAGCAAUGAUGAAUGUGGGGUAAAAUGUGAUAUGCUGAUGGAAUUCGUAAAGGAUUUUAGGGGUCCAGCACAGAUACUUGAGAAAGGCGGUUACACCCAGUUCACACCUCAUUAUAUAACCUGGUACUGUCCUCAGGCGUUCACCUUGAGCAGGCAGUGCAAGUCCCAGUGCAUAAAUCAUGGAAGAUACUGUGCUCCUGAUCCUGAACAGGAUUUCAGCACGGGUUAUGAGGGUAAAGAUGUUGUUCUUGAAAAUCUAAGACAACUCUGUGUUUAUAGAGUUGCAAAUGGGAGCAAAAGACCUUGGAUAUGGUGGGAUUAUGUGACUGAUUUCCAAAUCAGAUGUCCUAUGAAGGAGAAAAAAUACAACAAAGAAUGUGCUGAUGGUGUUAUCAGAGCCCUUGGGCUUGAUGUUAAAAAGGUUGGUAACUGUAUGGGAGACCCAAAUGCUGAUUCUGAGAAUUCUGUUUUGAAAGAAGAGCAAGAUGCCCAGAUUGGGAAAGGAUCAAGGGGUGAUGUAACGAUAUUGCCCACUCUUGUUGUCAACAAUCGACAAUAUCGAGGAAAGUUGGAGAAAGGUGCUGUUCUGAAAGCUAUCUGUGCUGGUUUUGAAGAAACCACUGAGCCAGGUGUUUGUUUGAGUGGUGAUGUUGAGACCAAUGACUGCUUGGACAAUAAUGGGGGUUGCUGGCAAGAUAAAACAGCCAACAUUACAGCUUGCAAGGAUACAUUUCGCGGGAGGGUUUGUGAAUGCCCUUUGGUCGAUGGAGUUCAGUUCAAAGGAGAUGGUUAUAGCCACUGUGAAGUGAGUGGACCAGGGAGGUGCAAGAUAAAUAAUGGAGGCUGUUGGCAUAAAUCUCGAAAUGGACACACCUUCUCUGCUUGUUUGGAUAUUGAUGGUGGUAAAUGCCAGUGUCCUGCUGGGUUUAAAGGCGAUGGUGUGAGAAGUUGCGAGGAUAUUGAUGAAUGCAAAGAGAAGAAAGCCUGUCAGUGCCCUGAAUGUAGCUGCAAAAAUACGUGGGGUAGCUAUGAUUGCACUUGCAGUGGAGAUCUUCUUUAUAUGAGAGACCAUGAUACCUGCAUAAGUAAGAGAGGCACUGAAGUGAGGUCAGCAUGGGCUGCUUUCUGGGUCAUUUUGAUAGGCUUAGGAAUGGCUGCUGGUGGAGCAUACCUCGUCUACAAAUAUAGAUUGAGGUCUUACAUGGAUUCUGAAAUCAGAGCUAUCAUGGCACAAUACAUGCCACUGGACAGUCGAGCAGAAGUACCAAGCCAUGUCAAUGACAAUCAUGCCUGAAAAUGACAAGCUCCAUUAUUGAUCUUCAAGGAUUUCAAGUAAUGCUGGGUUGAUGUGGUUCAUGCCAUACAUUUUCUUUUUGGAGUAAAGGAUUAUGAGCCUGAAUUUUAUGCCUGUAAUGUAUAUGGACAAUACAAAAAAAAGUGCAGAUUAGAUGUCUUGUUUACUGGAACCAUAACAUGCUUAACGGUUGAAGUAGGGAUUGGAUUUAAGGCAGAUUGAUAGGGAUGUGGCUGCAACGUUUUAGAAUUUUCAUUCUCAUCCCUAAAUCUAGCCACUUAAUUUAUAUGGUGAUUCUGUAAUUCAUUAACAAUGACCCUUAUUUUUUUGA